ACAAGUUCCGUUUGUUGCGGAUAUAAUUUUGCUGAAGGCUCAUGUCAUAAUUGCUUAUUUUUAAUUAUAUUUUAUUCAUUUUACUUCUUUGUGAGAAGUGAUAAUGACCAAUUAUAUAUAGUAAUAUUAUGAAAGGAAGACCGAAGAAAUUGUUUGUUUGAGCUGUCUAAAGUCAGCUUUGCAAGACAGGGGAAGAUAACCUUGAGCACUUUUUGCUGAUACUCACAACAUUGAAGUUGCUGUAGAAGAAAAUGGAUCGUUUUGAAUGGAGUGAUGGAACCCUUCUCUUUGCUGAAACAGAAGUGUAUCAACAAAAGAACAUUCAACUCUAUGAUGGUGACAAUAAGACAGACUUUGAGGGUGGUCAUUUGACUUUGACAACACAUCGGCUUCUUUGGCGUAACGCAAAUGGAUCAUGUUUGGCGCUGCCGCUCAAAUACAUUGUCCUUGCUGAGAAAGAGGACCACACAUUCUUCCAUAGUGACAAGAUAGUGGCGCACCUAUCUGCCCCGGCGCCCGGCCGACCGGCGGGUCCCGUCAACCGCAGCAGCCACAGCCACAUCAAGCUGUCGUUCCGCUCGGGUGGCAUGCACGAGAUGUUCUCGCGCCUGAAGGAGACCAUGUCUCGGGAGGAGUGGGUGAAGACGGGUAGCUUGUCGGCCGGCACGUCCGGUGACAAGCGCGGCUACCGCGCCGGCAUCGUCGGCAUCGAGAAGAAGCUGGUGGCCGAGCAGCAGCAGCAGAACCGGAGCAUCUCGGAGGCGUUCCGCGACCUCACCAACCUGAUGGAGGCCGCCCGCGAGAUGGUGGCGCUCAGCCGCCAGAUCUCGGCCAAAAUCACCGAGAAACAGGGCGGCAUCAGCGAGGACGAGACGGUGCGCUUCCAGUCCCAGCUGCUCAGUCUGGGCGUGGACGACCCGGUGACGCGGGGCACGCACGGCUCCGGCGACCGCUACCACGCCGAGCUAGCGCGCCAGCUGGCCACCAUGCUGGAGGCGCCAGCGCGCCAGGCCGGCGGCAUGCUCACCCUGACGGACGCCUACUGCCGCGUGAACCGGGCGCGCGGCCUGGAGCUCAUCUCGCCGGAGGACCUGCUGUCGGCGGGCCGUCAGAUGACGCGGCUGGCGCUGCCGCUGCGGCUGCACGAGCUGCCGUCGGGCGUGCGGCUGCUGCAGCUGGCAGAGCUGGACCAGGACGCGGUGGCCGAGAGCACGCGCCGCCUGCUGGCCCAGCGCGGCACGCUGACCGCCCAGCAGCUGGCCGCGCUGGCCGGCGUCUCCGUGCUGCUGGCCAAACAGCGCCUCCUCUACCUGGAGACCAAGGGCGGCGCGUGUCGCGACGAGUCCAUCCAGGGACUGGUCUUCUACCCUAAUCGCUUCCUGGAGGAGGCCCAGGCGGAUUAGUGCGUGGUGAUGAUAGGUGUUCAGAGGAAAUGUUGAUGGAACAGAUGCCUUUUGUGCUCUGGGACUAUUUCAAUGGUGUGCGAUAGCGUCGUACGAUAAGUUUUAUUGUUGAUUUUGUAUGAAUUACUGUUCGAGGAUUCCCGAGCAUAUUAUUUUGAAUGUCGUCCAUACUCAAUUAGUUUUGCAAGUGUGUGAACUCGAUGGUCAUGUACGACUAAUUUAAACCUGCCCUUCUUCACUCUUCUGCGUCAGACUCGACUGGUAAAGGCGUAUGUAAAUGAUGUUAUUGCUCAUGUCAUUGCGGUGUUCACUGGCGUGCCUCUUUCCCGGUUGAUGUGAGAUAGGAUUCCACGUGAGAUGUACUAUGUAGGGCUUAUAAUUGCUUUGCUUUCUAGUGAUGUUCCUGCAUCUGAAAGUCAAGGUGUGAAUUUCAGUUUUUUUUCAGACCUCUCUUGCUCGCGUGUCAAUGCGAUUGAGUACGAGUUCUUAUCAAAGUUGAUUGACCAACUAUACCAUGAGAGCGUCGUGUUUCGUUGGCUUAAUCGCUGGAAAAUGUAACAAAUAUAUCAGGAAAGGAUUC